CCUGCGCAUUGGUUGAUUUCAUGUAUGAUGUGUGCUAAAGGUGAUGACGUGGAGGGAGAGAGAGAGAGAGAGAGAGGAGUUCUCCUGCUCGGUCACUCCCUGUAUCAGCAGAGAACCCCGCACCGCGCGCGCGCCCGCACACGCACAGGACACACACGUAUAAGAAAGCAUUGCAUUCCGGACGCAGAUCUGAGUGGAUCAUCAUGGCGGUGCCGGGCCCGCUGAGCCCGCGCGAGGGCACGGUGGCCAAGAACCUGAGCCUGGAGUCACUACAGCUAUGCGAGAGAGACGGUAAGGCAGAGGAGAGCGGCGUGGUGGAGAUGGAGCUUCCCGUACCCGUGAACAUUCGGAUCAGCAACAUCACCUGCGACUCCUUUAAGAUCUGCUGGGACAUGGACCCUCGCACCAAAGAGAAGAUCACACACUACUUCAUCGACCUGAACAAGAAGGAGAACAAGAACUCCAACAAGUUCAAACACAAGGACGUGCCCACUAAACUGGUUGCCAAGGCCGUGCCGUUGCCGAUGACCGUGCGAGGCCAUUGGUUCCUGAGCCCGAGAACCGAGUACACGGUCGCCGUGCAAACCGCGUCCAAGCAGAGCGAUGGAGACUACGCCGUGUCUGAAUGGAGCGAUAUUGUGGAGUUCUGCACUGCAGAUUACUCCCCUGUGCAUCUGACUCAGCUGCUCCAGAAGGCUGAGGUCAUCGCUGGCAGGAUGCUCCCCUUCUCCGUCUUCUACCGCAAUCAGAACCAAGAGUACUUCGACUACUGCAGUAAUGUGCAAGGAGGCCGAAUGCUCCCCUCGGUGAAGGACAACAGCGGAAGUCACGGCUCUCCGCUUAGCGGCAAGCUGGAGGGCAUCUUCUUCAGCUGCAACACGGAGUUUAACACAGGUGAGCCACCGCAGGACUCUCCGUACGGCCGCUACCGCUUCCGGAUCAGCGCCGAGGAGCUGUUUGGGCCCGACACGCGCCUCUACUUCGGCGACUUUUACUGCAUGUACACGGCGUACCACUACGUGAUCCUGGUUCUGGCGCCGCGCGGCUCGCCCGGAGACACCUACUGCAGCGAGAGGCUGCCCGAGCUGGACGCCACCAACAACCGCUUCCUGACCCGCGUGUGCGGUGAAGACGGGCGCGUCGAGUUCCGCCACGCCCAGGACGUCAUCCUGGAGAUCAUCUACACGGAGCCUGUAGAGCUGACCCGCGGCACCGUGGCCCAGAUCAGCGGCCAUCAGCUCAUGAGUCUGUCCACCGUCAACGCCAAGAAGGACCCGAGCUGCAAGACGUGCAACAUUAGCGUGGGACGCUAACGCUCAGCCGGGACUUACUGACCAACUGUGUCCAAUCCACAUAUCACACAACUGAAGAACUCCAAUAUUAGCAUGUAUGCUAACUACCCAAUCCUCUGAUCACACCUCAAGCCCUGCAAACAUUAGCGUGGGAUACUCUCACAAACUGAGCUGUCUCCAAAUCACCAGAAGUCAAGAACUCCGAUAUCACAAUGCGUUACUACACACCAUGCCUAAUCCUUGGAUCACACCGAAAUAUUAGCGUGGGGUGCCAACACUUCCACACAAACUCAGUCUGGACUUGCUAACCAAUGAUUUGUAGAUGAUACACAUGAGAACACUUCAAGAAGACCACUAAUGUUAGCAUCACUACUCACUACUAACCGUGUGCGUGUGCGUGAGCGCUUACAUCACACGUUCCAGGAGCUGCAACAUCAGCAUAUGAUGCUAACGCCGGCUAAUGCGCAAAACAUCAACUCAAUUAACCAACCUUUAGAUCCUGCACCAGUAACUGAAGAAAAUAUCGUGGCUCCAAAAGAAUUCUGAAACUGCGAAACCACUUGUGAGCGUCCGCGGCGCUGUUGGUCUCCGUCACCGUGGUGACACCAGCGUACGUUAUUCUCUACACGACUGAAGAGGCGUCUCCUGUCCUCACUGCUGUAAACUUUCGGACAUUAGAAACGAAGGAAUGUUCCUGCAUUUUUCUUCAAUCCACUGCAUCUGUAGUGUGUAAGAUUACCACAGGAAGGAAUUUCAUCAUGAUUUCCUCUACUGGAAAAAGAAUGGAAAAACUCUUCGUUCAAAAUUCACUCAUAAUGGAAGUCUCAGUUCAGCUGCUGUGUUUCGUAUAAAUGUUUAUUGCCAGGGUUCAAAACUGAAAGUUCAUUCUGAAAUGGAUGAAUUUGUGGUUAUUUUCCCACAGCGUGCCCGAAUGCUCGAAUCUGAUUGGCCAGAAGGUGCGCAGUAUUUCUGUGGAAGAGCACAGGUAGUUCUGACUGUAACAUGAGCGAUAGUUCAUUUUAAUGCACUUAUUCGAAUACGUUAUUGUUUCUAUAGUAACAGCUCAUGCACAGGGACUUGUACGGCGAGCGCUCCACAUAAUCUAAAUCUAAUAAUAAACAGAUUUAAAAACAGAUUGUUGUUUAACAAAGUAAUUCUUAUAAUCGUUGAUGUGGUGAAGUUUUUGGUUAGGAGACGUUUAUUUAACAUUUAUGGAAGGAGUCACGGUUAUCAGCACUGAGUCUCGUUUGUGCUUUCCGUUUUCUUAGUGUUCUCAGUAAAAUGACGGGCUGCACAGUUUGUGUGUGUGUGUGUGUGUGUGUGUGUGUGUGUGUGUGUGUGUGUGAGAGAGAGAGAGAGAGAGAGAGAGAGAGGGAGAGAGAGAGAGAGAGAGAGAGAGAGAGAGAGACUCGCAGACAUUCCACAGCGUUAAAUCUAACUCUAAGCUGCUAAAACGUGUGCCGUGUCGUUCGUUAAUAAAUUAAACAGUGCCAUUGUUAGCAAAUCGCUGUGCUAUAAGUGGAAACACACACAAAGGCCGUGCUGUUAUACGAUAAUAACGCACUUUUUGUUGUGGUAACAGCCGUCUGCUUCGCCUGCUUUAUUUUCGUAUAACAGCACGGUCUGUGGUGUUAGUCCUUACUUAACAUGCACACAAAAGCAGGAAAGCGUAAGUAAACCAAAUUCCUUUUUACUCUCUUGCUCCAGUGUUGGGAAUUUGGAGGAACGUUGGAAAAACGUAAGGAAUUAAACACUUCGGAGCGUGGUGUUAAAGGAAAACACUCAACGACCUAAAAUGGAGUUACUGUUACCACCCUGAAUAAGAUAACAGCACAUCCCAAAGUGUUUUAUUACUCUAUUCCUUACACCACAGCAAUUUGCCGCUGAUUACUUUUUUAAUUAAUUAAAGAAAAACACAUCGUACUUAUCUGUUUAGAGUUACAGUUAGUGUUGUGGAACGUCCAUGAAACAAGUUAUCGCUUACGUUACAGCAGCUAUAAACAGUCGUUCCCUCAGCAGUCUCUCUUUUUUUCCCUUUCUCUCUGUUAAAAUAAGAUAAAAAAAAAAAAAAAAAAAACCCACACAGCUUGUCAUA